UUUCAGUAGAACCCUAAAUAUAAGUUUGAUCCGAACUGGUAGACUAUAAAAGAAGCUCUUUAGAAAAACCCUAAUCCCUUAACACUUUAUAUUCGUGUCUUCGUCCUCUUGCUUCCGCCUCUUACACCUCUCACCUUCACACACACCACUCAUCGAAAAUGCCGUUCAAGAGGUACGUGGAGAUCGGAAGAGUGGCUCUUGUCAACUACGGAAAGGACUAUGGCCAGCUUGUUGUUAUCGUCGACGUCAUUGAUCAGAACCGGGCUCUUGUGGAUUCUCCCGACAUGGUGAGGUCACAGAUGAACUUCAAGAGGCUUUCCCUCACUGAUAUCAAGAUUGACAUCAAGAGGGUCCCUAAGAAGAAGGAACUUCUUGCGGCCAUGGAAGCUGCUGAUGUAAAGAAGAAGUGGGAGAACAGCUCUUGGGGAAGAAAAUUGAUUGUCCAGAAGAGAAGGGCAGCCCUCAAUGACUUCGAUCGGUUCAAGCUUAUGUUGGCCAAGAUUAAGAAAUCUGGACUUGUCAAGCAAGAGCUCGCUAAGUUGAAAAAGGCCAAUGCAUAAACAUUUGUUAUUGAGUUUUUAAAAUUUUGUUUUGAGCUUUCAAAAAAUUCUAUCUUUGGUUGUUAGCCUUGUUUCAGAUCAGUUUAAGUUUUGGAUAUUGUUGAAGGAUUGAAGGAGACAUAUUACUGGUUUUGUCUUUCAACUUAAAUUACCAUCUUUUAAUGUAGAAUUUUUUGUUGUUUCUCUUUUA